ACUUUCACUAUUAUUCUACACCUAAAUUACUUCACUACACAAACAAGAGAACAUCUCUACUUCUUUAGACUUUAGAUAGAUAUAUACUUUAUACUCUAUAGAUCUAGAUAAUAAAGAUCUAGAGUCUAUAUAUAAAUCUAGAAUAGAGUUCUAAUCUAGUCUUGAUUUAGAUCUAGAGACUAAGACUGUUUAUUAUAUAGAUAUUAAGAUAUUUGGAUUCUUUUCUUGUAAAAAGUUCAAGGAAUUAAAGGCAGAACUAAAAAUGGCUGAGCGACCGGAAGACUUAAAUUUGCCUAAUGCAGUUGUCUCCAGGAUUAUAAAGGAUGCUAUUCCUGAAGGUGUAAAUGUCUCUAAAGAGGCCAGGUUGGCCAUCUCCAAAGCUGCUAGUGUUUUUGUCUUAUAUGCAACAUCUUGCUCCAAUAACUUUGCUAUAAAGAAUAAACGUAAAACGAUUACAGCUCAAGAUGUAUUGAAUGCAAUGGAAGACAUGGAGUUUGAACAGUUCAUAGAACCCUUACAGCAGUGCCAGGAAGCUUUUCGGCUUGAAAAACUUGAAAAGAAGAAAGAAAAAACACAGAAAACACCAGUUGUGCCCACGCCUGUGUUAGAGGUUGAUGAAGCAGAAGACAAAGAUGUGGAGGAGGUCAGUGAUAGCAGUGAUGAAGGGGAAGAGGUCCAAAAGAAGAAAACUGGCAAGACAGACAAAACAGAUUCCAACGAAGAGGAGGAGGAAUUUCAAAUUACUAUUAAUAAUGAUUACGAUUCAGAAAGUCCUGAAAUAGUUGAUGAUGAAGGCGAUUAAUUUCUGAUUUUUUGUUUUAUGUAUAUAUUUUUAAAAUGUUGAAAGUUUUUGAAUAUUUUCUAAAUUAUUGCAGAAGGUAAACAAACCUGCACCUCGGCAAUGUACUCUCAAUUUUAGUUCCAUACGUGGAGAAAAGUAAAAUCCUUGGGGAACCAAUAGAUUACUAAAAUAAAGUAAUGGGUGAAAAAAAUCUCUCUUUUCCUGUCUAUACAGAUUAUAGACAAUUUGGGCCUUUUUGUUUUGUGUGUGAAUGAUAUAAAAAUUAUUUUGUGUACAUAGUUUUAAAGUGUGACCUUGUAGAUUGUAACUGAGAUGUGUAAUGUAAUUUUUUUUACAUUAUGAUAUUGGCUCUUCCCUGAAGUGUAAAAACAUAAGCUUCUAAUUUGUUGCGUUUGAAUGCUACGUUAAUUGGUUAGUUAUUUUAUUAAAGAUUGAUCUUUAAGAAAUGUUAAUUGUGUUUUUAAAUGGUCAUAGUCAAUCCUUAUAGGUCAGCAGUUCUCAACCUUUUAUGCUCGGCGACCCCUUUUUACAAUCCCUCACCCUGUCGCGACCCCCCACACACAGCAAUAGAAGAAUAGACAAAACAAUCCAUAUUUUCAAUGGUCGUAGGCGACCCCUGGCAAAUCGUCAAUCGACCCCAAAGGGGGUCGAGACCCACAGGUUGAGAACCCCUGUUAUAGAUGAACACAUGGUUCCUUUGUUUUGUUGGUAUGUGAUUUUCUCUAAAAUAAAAUAGAUUUCUUAACUUG